AUGACGGACGGGUGUCGGUGUCGGUCAAACCGCGUGCCUGCCUUGCCCUGCCCUGCCCUGCCCUACGGCUCCAUUCCUUUCGUUGACCUCUCUAGUUUGGUGUUCGUCUCAUCGUCUUUAUCCUGUGUCUCUACCGGAGAAGUAGACCGAGUAUUCUCCUUCCCCGACUUCCACUGCUUCGCCUCCAACCAAACCGGCAACACCGUCUUCCUCCUCCUCGCCGCCGCCCUCCCCGAAUUCAACCCUUCCAUGUUCAUCACCGCCAACAUCGCCACCUCCCUCGGCUUCUUCUUGGGGAGCGCCUACCUCACCGGCCAAUUAGGCCACCUGAUCGGUCCCCGCCGGCGUCUCUGGCUUCUAGUCACCAACACCAUCCAAACCACUCUCGUCUUCAUCGCCGCCGCCCUUCAGUUUGGUAACUACCACACCAACACCCCUGGAAAACUCCUCUUCGAGUCAGGCAGCAUCGAUACCAUGGAGGCCGUUACGGGCACGAGAACCCUAGUGUGUAUUGCCCUCUUGGCGUCCGCGGCGGGGAGUCAGGUGGUUCUGUCAAGAAGUCUGAACAUGACGGAGAUUAGCACCGCUAUGGCGACGGCGGCGUGGGUGGAUUUGGUUAUUGAUAAGCGCUUGAUGAGCAGGCCGCUGAAGGAGAAUAGGGGGAGGAAUAGACGGGUUGCGUUUUUGGUGAGUUUGGCGGUGGGCAGUUUGGUUGGAGCGUGUAUUUAUCGGUGGGUGGGGAGUGCGGUUGCGGUGACGGUCAGUGGAGGGGGGAAGGCGGUGGUGGGUGGGAUGUUUUUGUUUUCGAGGGGGGAGGGGAAGGAAAAGGUGGGGGAUGUUGAGGGUGGAAAGUUCCUGAGUGAUGCCUGUGGUGAUGAGAAAAAGAGUGGCAAAGAAUGUGUGGAUGGGAAGGAGGCAGAGGGGGGUGGGAGUGGGAGUGAUUCGGAGGCUGAGAUGGGUCCGGCCAGUGGAAGGGCGGAUGGAAAUGUAUAA